AGACUUCCACAGCAUGAUCUGCGCAAGUCACGCCCUGAGUGGAGUCACUUCCGGCCGCAUGGAGUAGACCUGUGGAGUAGUGGGAGAGUUGUGGGGAAAACACGCUGGUUAUCAUGAAGGUGAAGGUUCUGUGUAGGAACCCGGACGAUUACGUGCGAGAGACCAAGAGAGAUCUGCAGAGAGUCCCUCGGAAUUAUGACCCAGCCCUACACCCGUUUGAAGUGUCACGGGAAUAUACAAGAGCGUUAAAUGCCACCAAGCUGGAGCGGGUCUUUGCCAAGCCUUUUAUUGCUUCCCUGGAUGGCCAUAGAGAUGGGGUUAACUGCAUUGCCAAGCAUCCCAAAAGCUUAUCUACCGUGCUGUCAGGAGCAUGUGAUGGAGAGGUUAAGAUUUGGAAUUUGACGAAGCGAGAAUGUUCUAGAACAAUACAAGCACACGAUGGCUUUGUGAGAGGACUUUGCGUCCGAUUCUGCGGCACCUCGUUCUUUACAGUGGGUGACGAUAAGACAGUGAAGCAAUGGGCAAUGGAAAGCCCUGGUUAUGGUGAGAAAGUGGAGCCCAUGCGUACAAUCUUAGGAAAGACUGUUUUCACAGGGAUCGACCAUCACGUGAAAGAUGCUGUUUUUGCCACUUGUGGGCAGCAAGUGGAUAUCUGGGAUGAACAAAGGUCCGCUCCCAUGAGAUCAUAUGCAUGGGGGGUUGACAGUAUCUCAUCAGUCAGAUUUAAUCCAGUAGAGACACACAUUUUAUCAAGCUGUGGAACAGACCGAAGCAUCGUUCUCUAUGAUAAGCGAAAACCCACCCCACUAAAAAAGAUUAUUUUGGAAAUGAGAACAAAUGCUCUGUGUUGGAACCCAAUGGAAGCAUUUAUUUUCACUGCGGCCAAUGAAAACUUCAACCUGUACACGUAUGACAUGCGCUAUAUGGACAGCCCCGUGAAGGUGCACAUGGAUCACGUGUCGGCUGUUCUGGAUGUAGAUUACUCCCCUACUGGAAAGGAGCUUGUGUCUGCCAGCUUUGAUAAGUCCAUCCGUAUAUUCCCAGUGCAAAGUGGACACAGCAGGGAAGUCUAUCACACAAAGCGGAUGCAGCACGUCACCUGUGUUAGAUGGUCUGCCGACAACAAGUAUGUUCUCUGCGGUUCUGACGAAAUGAACAUUCGCAUAUGGAAAGCCAACGCCUCCGAAAAGCUGGGAGUGUUGUCACCACGAGAGAGAGCGGCAAAGAACUACAACCAGAAGUUGAAGGAGAAGUUCCAGCACCACCCACAGAUCAAGAGGAUCGCUCGCCACAGGCACCUACCGAGGUCCAUCUACAGCCAAAUAAAGGAGCAGCAGAUCAUGAGGGAAGCUCGCCGCAAGAAGGAUGUAAACCGUCGCAAACACAGCAAGCCGGGCUCUGUGCCAAUCCCGUCAGAGAAGAAGAAGCACGUGCUGGCUGUAGUGGAAUAGCACAAACUGCUGAUACUGCUGCAUUCUGCUGCUCCCCUGACCAAAGUAAUGUGUGCCAUAGUGGCCUGGGAAAUUUGACUGUGGGGGGGGGGGGGGGGGUGGGGCUGGUUUCAACAAAGUGCAGGUAUCCAGUAAAAUCUGAAUGGACCGUCCUUGCAUUUCAUUUACUGCAAAUGGUUUUUUUUUUCCUCCAUGGAAUUAGAGUUAUGACAGUUGUAUGGCAAUUUUUGUUUGCAAAGGUUCAGGAGGGUUAAAGGAAAACCAAACCCUAAAAAUGAAUAUGGCUAGAAAUGCCAUUUUAUGGCAACUUAUUGCACCAGCAUAACGUUGCAGCUACUCAAUAGCAGCAAUGAUCCAGGACUUCAAACCUGUCACAGAGGGUCACCAUCUUGGAAAGUCUGUGACACUCACAUGCUCAGUGGGCUCUGAGCAGCUGUUGAGAAGCUAAGCUUAGGGGUCGUCACGAAUUAUCCAGCAGAAAAUGAGGUUGGUCUGUAAUAUAAGCUGAUGCUACAGGGCUGAUUAUUAAAUUCUGAUGCUAAUUGCA